CGUCCACCCCGCUCCACCAAAUCGCGUCCUUGACAUCUCCCCAGGCGACCCACGCCUCCCCGCUAGACUCGAGAUUCACCAUGGCCGCUCGCACGCUUACGUACACCCCCGUGGAUGAUAUUCCCAAGAUCCAUGAGAUUGCCAACAAGGCUUUCAACACGGGAAGGACGCAGUCGAUUGCCUUCCGUAAAGAGCAGCUCGCCCAGCUCGGCUGGCUCAUCAGGGACAAUGAGGACGCGCUCCGCGCUGCUCUGCACGCCGACCUAGGUCGGCCCCCUCAGGAGACAGACAUGAUGGAUUUCGGGACGGUGUACAACGAUAUCAAGCAGGCUUACGACAACAUUGAGAAGUGGGUGAAGCCCAAGAGCCCGGGCUUCAACCCGAAGUACUUCGUCAUGAGCCCGUCGUACGCACCGCAGCCGAAGGGCGUGGCGCUGCUCAUUGCGCCGUUUAACUUCCCCAUGUUCCUCCUCAUCGGCCCCCUGGUCGGUGCCAUAGCAGCGGGAAGCGCGGCCGUCCUGAAGCCUUCCGAGCAAACUCCUUCCAUUGCGGGACUGCUUGCGGAGCUCGUGCCCAAGUACCUUGACACGGAGCUCUACCACGUUAUCAAUGGAAGCGUGGCAGAGACGACGAAGGCCCUCGAGCUCCGGUGGGAUCACAUUCUUUACACAGGCAAUGGACGUGUUGGCCGCAUCGUUGCAACCGCCGCGGCGAAGCAUUUGACACCUGUCACCUUGGAGCUUGUGGGAAAGAACCCCGUAGUGUUUGAUCCCAAGGUAGACCUCAAGAUGGCCGCGCGGCGGUUGCUCUGGGGCCGAUUCUCGAACGGUGGUCAGAUCUGCUUGUGCCCGGAGUACGUUCUGGUGCCCGCAGACUUCCAAGACACCUUGGUUGAGGCGCUCAAGGAGGCCUACGCCUCUUUCUACCCCGACGGCCCUGAAAAGUCUGACUCCAUCACGCACAUCGUCACGGAGGCGCAUACGCAGCGCAUCAAGCGUCUCAUUGAUGAGACGAAGGGCAAGAUCGUUCUCGGGGGCUCUGUGGAUGUCCCCACACGGUUCGUAGCGCCGACCGUUGUUCGCGAUGUCGGGCUGGACGAUAUCCUGAUGGCCGAGGAGAUCUUCGGCCCAGUGCUGCCGCUGGUUCCCGUCAAGGACAUCGACGAGGCGCUCUCGAUCAUCCGGGCGAGGGAGCACCCGCUUGCCGUCUACGUCUUCUCGCAGGACAAGGCGUUCCAGGACAAAGUCUUUAGGAACACCAGGAGUGGUGCGGCCGUUGUGAACGAGAGCGUUCUCACAGCUGGCGUCCCCGGACUGCCUGUCGGAGGUGUUGGGGAGAGUGGCUACGGCUUCUACGGCGGCAAGUUCGCCUUUGACACGUUCUCCUACCUCCGUGUGUCUUUGAACAACCCGAGCUGGGUCGACAAGGUCUUCAGCUUCCGCUUCCCUCCUUACAAGCCGAACUACAAGAAGUUCCUCGGGACGGUCUCGCUUCCUCCCCGGCCCGGAAAGGCGACUGGGCUCACGGCUGCGACGAGGUGGGGUUUCUGGAUUGUGUUUGCGCUCGUGGGGGCCUCGUCCGUCAUACUGACGAAGACGGGGCGGCUCUCGCAGUUGAAGCGUCUGACGCAGUGAACGAGCACUACGCGCUCUCAACGACUAUCCACGGCAUACCUUUGACAGCGUGAUACGCUGUUGGCGACUCUCCGGCAGGGCGGGCUCGCGACUGUGAUAGUUGUUGCUGCGAUCUCCGUUUCAUUUUACCGUGAUCUCAUUAGCUCGCUACUGUACUUCUUGGAUACCAGCGAGGCUCACUCUGACCGCCUGUAUACAAGCCCACUACUGUCGUUCACAUAUCACUUUGCCUGCGCGUUCAAGAAGCUCCCUGGCCCAUGGGGUAUACCCGCACCUUUAAUUAAUCGAUGUGC